AUGCUGAUCAGACUCGACCUGACCCGCCUUGCUCCUCCAUUUAAGCAGUUCCUUUGCCGCGUCGCUGCUCAGUCCGUACCUCACGUGUGGAGCCUGCUCCACCUGCGCGCCAUUGCGCCGGCGGCGCCGGCGCUGUCGGCCGUGCCGGGCUGCUGGGGCCAGCCCGGGCGCCACGCUGGCCCCAGCCCGCCUGCAGCAACGCGAGUACACAAUGGUGCCAGCAAGGAUGGCCGCAAUCGGGACGACGAGGCCGAUGUACAUUGCUUGGCCUCCUGGUUCACCGGGCAUAAUGCUCCAGAGAGCAGCAGCGCUAGAUGCGGCGUUAGCGGCGACUUGUGA